GUAUUAUCACAGCAUCAAGCUAAAUGACUCUGCUAUGGAAGAAAAAUAAUUUGAUUUUACCACAUUUAUACCAAGAAGCAAAAAUCAUGAAGACUUUUGCCAGCCUUCAGGUAUUUGUUUUGGCCUUAUUUUCCAAAGGAGCUUUGCUUUCUUCAAAUGAUCACAAUUUUGUGAGGAAAGAAAUAAAGAUUGAGGGAGACCUGGUCUUAGGAGGUUUAUUUCCAAUAAAUGAAAAAGGCACAGGAAGUGAAGAAUGCGGCAGAAUCAAUGAGGAUCGAGGUAUCCAGCGUUUGGAAGCCAUGCUGUUUGCUAUUGAUCAGAUUAACAGAGACAGUACACUACUACCCGGAGUAAAACUAGGAGUUCAUAUUCUGGAUACCUGUUCUAGGGACACUUAUGCUCUGGAACAGUCACUGGAGUUUGUAAGGGCUUCAUUGACCAAGGUGGAUGAGGCAGAAUAUGUGUGUCCAGACGGCUCACUUGCCAUACAAGGAAACAGCCCAUUACUUAUCGCCGGAGUCAUUGGUGGCUCCUAUAGCAGUGUCUCCAUACAGGUUGCUAAUUUGCUGAGGCUCUUCCAUAUUCCUCAGAUAAGCUAUGCUUCCACCAGUGCCAAACUUAGUGAUAAAUCACGUUAUGAUUACUUUGCACGGACAGUGCCACCAGACUUCUAUCAGGCAAAAGCAAUGGCUGAGAUCCUACGUUUCUUUAACUGGACGUAUGUGUCUACUGUCGCUUCUGAAGGAGAUUACGGAGAGACGGGAAUUGAAGCCUUCGAACAAGAAGCACGACUUAGAAACAUUUGCAUUGCCACUUCAGAAAAAGUUGGAAGAUCAAAUAUUAAAAAGUCUUAUGACAGUGCUAUAAGGGAAUUGCUACAAAAGCCAAAUGCUAAAGUUGUGGUUCUUUUCAUGCGGAGUGAUGACACAAGAGAACUCUUGGCAGCUGCUAAUCGAUUUAAUGCUUCCUUUACCUGGAUUGCCAGUGAUGGGUGGGGUGCCCAAGAAAGUAUUGUGAAAGGCAAUGAACAUAUUGCUUACGGGGCAAUUACAUUAGAACUUGCUUCCCAUAAGGUUAAGGAGUUUGACAAGUAUUUUCAAAGCCUUAAUCCCAGCAAUAAUCACCGCAAUCCCUGGUUUAAGGAUUUUUGGCAGCAAAAAUUUCAGUGUAGCCUGUACAACAAGACCGACAGACCAUGUGAUAAACGCUUCAAUAUCAACAGCUCCAAUUAUGAACAAGAAUCCAAAAUAAUGUUUGUGGUAAAUGCUGUAUAUGCAAUGGCUCAUGCCCUUCACCAGAUGCAAAGGACCCUAUGUUCAAACACCACAAAGUUGUGUGAUGCCAUGAAAACAGUAGAUGGCAAAAGGCUCUACAAGGAAUUUCUGCUGAAAGUUAACUUUACAGCUCCAUUUAUUCCUCUAAGUGCAGACAGCUUUGUGAAGUUUGAUGCAUAUGGAGAUGGGCUUGGUCUGUACAAUGUAUUCAAUUUCCAGUACAACAAUGGAAAAUACUCCUAUUUAAAAAUAGGCCAGUGGGCGGAAACCCUGUCCUUGGAUUUUGACUUGAUACAGUGGUCGAAGAGUGUGGUACCAACUUCACAGUGCAGUGACCCAUGUGCACCAAAUGAAAUGAAAAGUAUGCAACCAGGAGAUGUUUGCUGCUGGAUCUGCAUUCCAUGCGAAACCUAUGAGUACCUGGCUGAUGAGUUCACAUGCAUUGACUGCGGUCCAGGGCGGUGGCCAACCUCAGAUCUAACUGGUUGUUAUGACCUACCAGAAGACUACAUUAAAUGGGAAGAUGCAUGGGCUAUUGGACCGGUGACAAUUGCCUUUCUUGGUUUUAUUUGUACAUUCCUGGUCGGAGGAGUUUUUGUCAAGAAUAACAGUACUCCUUUAGUAAAAGCUUCAGGGAGAGAACUUUGCUAUAUUCUACUGAUUGGCGUAUUCAUGUGCUACUGUAUGACAUUUUUCUUCAUAGCCAAACCUUCCCCAGUCAUUUGUGCUCUACGCCGAUUAGGACUUGGGACCUCUUUUGUAGUUUGCUACUCAGCUCUUCUAACAAAGACAAAUCGCAUUGCCAGAAUUUUCAGUGGUGUAACAGAAGGUGCUCAAAGACCUAAAUUCAUCAGCCCCAAGUCUCAAGUCAUCAUAUGUCUAAGUCUCAUCUCAAUUCAGAUUGUCAUUGUGUCUGUGUGGUUAAUGUUGGAGUAUCCUGGAACGAGGCGGUUUACACUUCCUGAGAAGAGAGAAACUGUCAUACUGAAAUGUAAUGUCAAGGAUUCCAGUAUGUUGAUUUCUUUAACAUACGAUGUUGUUCUAGUAAUAUUGUGUACAGUGUAUGCCUUCAAAACAAGAAAAUGCCCAGAAAAUUUCAAUGAAGCCAAGUUUAUUGGAUUUACAAUGUAUACAACUUGUAUAAUCUGGCUUGCAUUCCUUCCCAUAUUCUAUGUGACAUCAAGUGACUACAGGGUCCAAACUACAACCAUGUGUAUUUCAGUAAGUCUAAGUGGUUUUGUAGUGCUAGGAUGCCUGUUUGCACCCAAAGCCCACAUCAUUCUUUUUCAACCUCAGAAAAAUGUUGUAACACACAGACUUCAUUUAAACAGAUUCAGUGUCAGUGGAACUGCAACUACAUAUUCCCAAUCUUCAGCCAGUGCACACUAUACACCGACCAUUUGCAAUGGAGGAGAAGUGCUAGACUCCACUACAUCUUCCUUAUAAUCGUUCUAAACAUUUCAGUGCAAUCGGUUUUUAGACUGUUAGAAUAUAUUAUGCACUUGCUGUGCAGUCCUGUCUUUUUUUUUAGAAGAAAUAUUUUUGAGGACUGUAUAAAAUGCUGUUCUAGAGGUUCAAUGAAUACUGUUAUCCACAGAUCAAGAGACCAUGUAAAUAAGCUUUCAUUUGAAUUCUCU